AUGAAUACUCAAGUUAGAAUCAAAAACAGAUCUUGCGGAAUGGAAUUCACCCACCUUCUGAGGCAAGGCCUCGAUUUCCUCGGCCUAGAACAUUUCCUUCGAAACGUUCCCGCGCCCCCACAAGUAGUAGAGGGCUCAGGCCCAGAUCUACCAACAAACUGCAAUCAACCGGAGGAACCGGUACAGGAAGAACCUGUGCGGGACUAUUCCGAAGAGCCCCUAACCUCCCGUCUCAUCGACGGGGUCUUCGAGUCCGAAGAGGAGGGAGACUACCACCCCGGACCAGCGAAAAUCAUACUAGUGAACGAGGAGAACAAGCUUUCGGCGGCUUUACUGAUGUCGUUUGACUUGUCCAGGAAGAUCCAAAACGCUCUCAUGAGCAGACGCUGGCUUCAACAGCUGGAUUUCGAGCUCGGUCAGCAACGCGAUAGCAUCGCUACACGGGACCAGGAGCUGAUGCUUCGGAUCCUUCGAACCGAUAAUAAAGUCGAGAGGUUCGAAAUGGAGUUCGGGAAAUCCGGCGAAGGAGCAACUGUCGAGCAACAGCAAGAGAUCAUCUUGAAGCACCUGGUGCGCCCGUUCCUGCUCGGCCGAGCUGAUGAUGUCUCGAUAUUCUGCGAGUUUGGUGUUAUUCUCGAUGACGUGUUCGUGAAUUGUGCGCUGCUGCCCCAGCCACAGGCCCACGAGCGUCCGUUUUUGAAGGCUGUAGUGGAGCCUCAAUAUGCGCCAUUACAUCCUGAUCUCGAAGAAUCUGCCUAUAGUGGUCCAGAACUCCAUGGAGAUGGAGCAAACGCACAGGAUGCUGCUGUCGCCCAAGCAAACACAAACCUCGAGCAUAGCAGGGUUGAUCUUCUCCGAGACCAGCAAAAUUUCGAUGCUUAUGAACAUGGGUAUGAUCAAGACUUCCAAGCCUACUUCUCCACACAAAUCAAUCGCCUCCAUGCUGAUGUAAAAGCAGAGCAUUAUUUGCUCCAUCUCUCAGGAGAGCUCGUGCAAGCCGAGAAAAAAUUCGAAGACGUCAAGCUCGAAGCUAAAGCAGCGGGCAUCUUCCUGCCUACUACCAGGAAUCCAACUUCGUCGAUUACCCGGAUGACGGAUAUCGCGAGAGCCAAGAACUCGAUAUUGCAGCGCGUGUAG